CCAAAUGUAAACCAAAAGUCAAUGUAAUAUAUAUUUUUAUUAUACAUUAUUUCUAUAAUUAAUGGUUAUUUCACGUCGGUAAUUAUAAUGCUAAAAAACGCAUAAUUAUGACAAAAACCUAUAAGUUAUACUAAAUAUCGUUAAAACAAGAAUUGUUUUAAUUAAUUGUAUCGGUAUAUCGCUCGACGUACAACAUAAAAUUUAAAAAAAUGUUGAUUACUAAAAGUAUUCAAUUAAACAAUAUAUUAGUAACAAGAAUUACUAAUAUUAGGUCCUUAGCUUCGUAUAGAAAAUAUAGUAAUAAUAAUGAGCAAAAUUUUAAGGGGAAAUAUGACGUUAUAAUAGCUGGUGGUGGAAUGGUUGGCUGCGCUUUGGCAUGUGCUAUGGGAAAAAAAUCCUUACUUUCUAAUUUGAAAGUUCUAUUAUUAGAAGGUAGUCCGGAUAAAAAAUUUAAACUUAAACCAGAGUAUAGCAAUAGAGUGGUAGCAUUAAAUCAAAGCACGAAAUCUCUUAUGAAGUCCUUAGAAGUCUGGCAACAUGUAGAAAAAAUGAGACUACAACCUGUAAGGCACAUGCAAGUCUGGGAUGCUUGUUCAGAUGCCUUAAUAUCAUUUUGCAGUUCUGAUAUUUUAGAUGAUGAUAUAUCAUACAUCGUAGAGAAUGAUGUAUUACUCGAAAGUAUUAAUAGAGAAUUAAAAUCAUCAACAAUUAAAAAUGUAGAUAUUGUUUAUGGAGCCAAGGUAGUUGGAUAUGAGCUAUCAAAAGGAGGUCAUGAUUCAAAUGGACAUAUUGUCAAAAUGCAUAAUGGUGAUACCUACUCAUGUGAUCUAUUGAUCGGUGCAGAUGGCGCCAAGUCAGCGGUUCGCGAAGCUAUGGGAGUACAAUAUGUUUCCUGGAACUACGAUCAAAUGGGUAUUGUUGCUACACUGCACUUGGCCGAGGAAACAACUAACACGACAGCAUGGCAGCGGUUCCUACCGACCGGGCCGAUUGCAUUCCUACCUCUAAAUUCGACAAAGAGCUCCCUCGUGUGGUCGAUGACAGAUACACAGGCGAAAGAAUUACUGAACUUGCCCGAGGAAAGAUUCGUGGAUGCCCUCAAUGAUGCCAUGUGGAAACAAUAUCCUCGUAGCAGCGUUGUCGAUGCCUGUACGUCUUGGUUAGGUUCCUGGUUGAAGCGGUUCGAUCUACCAGACGGUGCUGAGAGGCAAUUGCCACCGAGUGUUCAGUCCAUAGUAUCGGGCUCUAGAGCUGCUUUUCCCCUGGGAUUCGGUCACAGCACGAAAUACAUCGCUCCGGGCGUUGCACUUAUAGGCGACGCAGCUCAUCGAGUCCAUCCGUUGGCUGGGCAAGGAGUCAAUCUAGGCUUUGGGGACGUUAAGGAUCUGAUAAGUUUCCUAUCAGAUUCUAUUUAUACUGGACUAGAUAUCACACAUCCAAAUUGGAUGGAAAAAUAUGAAAGCGAACGUCAAAGGCACAACGUGCCCACACAGCUGGCCGUGGACGCGCUCAGCCGGCUGUACGGCGCCGACCUGCCGCCCCUCGUCCUCGCACGCAGCCUCGGCUUGCAGCUGACUAACGCUUUACAUCCCAUCAAGAAAAUUAUAAUGUCUCACGCCGCAUAGGAAAAGCCACGCCUGAAGUAUUUAAAGAUUGUUGUUAUUUAAAAAAAAUAUGAAUGUAAUUUUGAAAAAAUAAAUUCUUCAUAUUUUUGC